UCUCCAUCCUCUCUGAGACAUCCCAACUCGGGAUCAGUCAGCUGUUGUUAGAGCUGGAAGUUGGUGGUAGUUUCUUACAUCUCUGGAUUUAUUGGAGUUGUGUUCAAGCAACGUUUGGCAUAUUAGUAUAGAAACUAUUUUAAUACUUGGACAGUCUACUUAAAGUAGCCUUCCUUGUAAUAUUUAUUUUCAUUCAUUGUCCAACCAUGAUGCAAAAGGCACCUCCACCUGUUGUUAGAAUCUUGGUACUUGGAGCACAAGACGUUGGUAAAUCUGCUGUCACAGUUCGUUUCUUGACGCAGAGGUUUAUUGGAGAGUACAGUUCACAAAAAGAUUUACUGUAUUGCUCUCAGACUCAAGUUACUGGAUCUCCUGUAGAUGUCGAAAUUUUAGAUACAACAAGGGAUCAGACGGACAGUAUACCCUCGGAAAAACUAGACUGGACUUCAGCAUUUGUGAUAGUAUACAGCAUCUCUUCCAAGAGCAGCUUCCUGGUAGCGGCGGACUGUUUGCGGCAUUUAUUAACCAGAAGUCAACCCAUUCUUUUGCUAGCCAAUAAAAAGGAUCUGGAACAUGCUAGAGAGGUUUCCACUGAGGAAGGUCGCUCUCUUGCUAAAGAACUUGGUAAUGUAGCAUUUGCCGAAGUAUCAGCAGCUGAAGGACAUGCCGAAGUAGCAGAAGCUUUCAGGACAAUCAUCGUUGAUGCUUGCGCAGCAGUUACCAAAUGUACAAAUGUCAGUUCAUCGCCCACAAACACAACUAGUAGACGCAAAAUAUCGGUGGUAUCUGUUUCGAAGAUUAUUAGUGCUAUGUUUGGACGUGGGGGAGCUAUCGUGGCCGACCACCACAAUCAGAAGAAGAGACCUUCUCUAUCCUUAUGAGAUUCGGUUUCUGAGGGUACAUCUAGUGAACAGAACUAAUAAUACAUGAUCUGCACGUUUCUGAAGCAGUCUGAGUUAAGGCCCAUUGAGCAUUAGUUAUAAAACUACUAGAGAGGAAUUUUUAGAGGAAGCGCAAUGAUGAUUUUGAAAUUUGAGAAUCAGACUGCGAAUUGCAAUGCGCAGAUGCUAUACCAUUUAUUCUGCGCCCUGGCCACUUGUCAUGUGCACUUUUUCGAAGAAAACAUUUUCUUGUGUUCAGAUAGUUUGAUACAAUAUCAUCGUGCCAUAUCAAUUAAUAGACACAGAAGUAGUUUUUAGUAGUAAUUUUACUAUAGUUUUAUCUAGUCACCACUCAUGUAGCAGUAAAAAUAUUUUAUAAACUAUAGAAAAAAAUUCCUGUGAAAUACAUACAUUUUACGCUUUUAAUACAAUUAUUUCAUUUUAUUAAUUUUAAUUCCUGUUAUACAAUGAAGCUUUUUUAUAUGAAAGCCAAAACGUUUGGUCAUCAGAAAGAAACAAAUAUUUGAAAUUAAUUUUUUUCAGAAAAGUAAUCAUGUGUAUCAUAAAUAUUUUUGUUUUUAUUUUAUACAUAAUUCAAAACAAUGUCAAAGUAUUUAAGCUUUUACAGUUUCAUUUUUAAAAUUUUCUUCAACAUAUAUGGGAACAGUUUCUUAAAUGUAUGUUGGAAAUUCCCAAAAUAUUACACUCCUUUUGAGAGAAACCUUAGAAAUAUAUUCCAUUAAUGAAAAAUUUUCUGUCGUAUAUUUCAUUUAUUAAAAUUUUCUUCUGUUAAAAUUUUUGAAGCAAUUUUUACAUUUGUUUAAUAUAUUUUAAAGUAUUUUAGAAAUGUUAAUGUACAGUUGAUGUAUUCAAAAUGUAACUUUAAGCAUUUGUAAAAGUAGAAUACGCGCGACGAUUUUAACACUUUAUUAGAAUAUUUUCUUGGUGGUACAAACAUGACUUUAUUUAUCAUCGAUGGCAAUAAGUAGUAUUCAGCAAUCUUGUGGUCGGAACUCAGUGACUGUGGACGUGAAAAAUAUGUAAAUAAUUUUAUGUAAAUUAAUUUCCUUUGUGGAAUCUUGUCUUUCAUCCCUUGUGCUCAAGGCUCCAUGUAAAUAAGUUUGUGAUAUGUCCUUCUUACAUUGUAUUAAAAAAAACUUUUUUAUUUAUAAA